AUGUCCGGACGUGGAAAGGGAGGAAAAGGACUCGGAAAGGGAGGAGCCAAGCGCCAUCGCAAAGUCCUUCGCGACAAUAUUCAGGGAAUCACCAAGGUGAGCAAUUUCAGAAAAAUUGUAGCUUAAAUAGGAAAUUUAACAAAUUUACGCCAAAAUUGUUCUUUUUUCAAGUCAAAACUAUUGAUUGUUCCUUUCAGCCGGCCAUCCGCCGUCUCGCCCGUCGUGGUGGAGUCAAGCGCAUCUCCGGACUCAUCUACGAAGAGACCCGUGGAGUUCUGAAGGUCUUCCUCGAGAACGUGAUCCGCGACGCCGUCACCUACUGUGAGCACGCCAAGAGAAAGACCGUCACCGCCAUGGACGUCGUCUACGCCCUCAAGCGCCAGGGCAGAACUCUCUACGGAUUCGGUGGAUAA